AUGGGCGACUCUGCCUUAAAUGGCUUAGAGUCAGCAGGUGUGGAUGCUGUUAACCCUUUAGGUAGCUCCAAUGGCAGCUUGUCCACGAGCAGUGCCUGGGGCAUCAGUGGCAGCGGUCCGUGGCUGUUGGCGUGCAUGUUAACCCUCAUCAUCCUGAUGACGGCUUGUGGAAACACUCUGCUGAUCACUCUGGUGUUUGCCCAGCGCUCCUUACGCAACACCUCCAACUGUUUCCUGGUGUCUCUCUUCCUGUCGGACCUGAUGGUGGCGCUGGUGGUGAUGCCGCCAGCCAUGCUCAAUGUGCUGUGCGGGGCCUGGGUGUUGUCGCCAGGAUUUUGCCCUGUGUGGCUCUGCUUCGACGUCAUGUGCUGCAGUGCCUCCAUUCUCAACCUGUGUGUGAUCAGCCUGGACCGCUACCUCCUCAUCAUCUCGCCUCUGCGUUACAAGCAGAGGAUGACGCUUCCCCGGGCCCUGCUUCUGGUGGGAGGGGCCUGGGGUCUGGCCGCCCUCGCCUCCUUUUUGCCCAUCAAGAUGAACUGGCACAGCUUGGGUCACCGAAGUCACCAUUUCCCAAUGCACGGGGCUGGCAGUGCCAACAUCAGCACAUACCCAGAGCUAAGCUUGCAGUACCCCGCUUCCUACUUCCAGCUGUCACCCGCCGAUGGCCUGUCCUUCCAGUGUUGUCUGCGGGUCACCCUGCCCUUUGCCCUGGUGGCAUCCGUCCUCACCUUCUUCCUGCCAUCCAGCGCUAUCUGCUUCACCUACUGUCGGAUUCUCCUGGUGGCACGGAGACAGGCAAGGCGAGUGGCGGCACUAAGUCACCCUCCGUACCCACAACAUUCGCCCAGAGGGCCUUCUCAGCCUCCCUCACCAGGUGGGUGCGCCGCGGGACAUGCUCACCAUGACAGAGAAGACUACAAUCAGGAGCGCUCUAUGUCACACCAAGUACCGUUGUCAGUGAACAGCGAGCGGCGGCUGGCCCACAGGCAGGGCCGGAGGGCAGUGAAGGCCAGUCUGACCCUGGGAGUCCUGCUGGGCCUCUUCUUCAGCGCCUGGCUACCCUUCUUCAUCACCAACAUGGCCCAGGCGGUAUGCGAGUGUGUUCCCCCGGCACUCUUCGAUGCCAUCACUUGGCUGGGCUACUGUAACAGCACCAUGAACCCCAUUAUCUACCCGCUGUUCAUGCGUGACUUCAAACGGGCCCUGGGGCGACUGCUGCCCUGCUGCUCUACCCGCUCACCCCACAGACCCUCGCCGGAGCUCUCCCUCUGCAACUCUGGUGAGCCCAACCUGCCCACAGAGCCCCCCUCCCUGGCUUCCGAUCCCCGACAGCCCCCCGCCACCGCCACAGACGCCGUCAACUUGUAUGAUGCAGAGCAUGCUGGGAUUGAGCUGCCCUUGCUGCUGCCUAAUCAGGUGGACACGCUGGACUGA